UAUGGCGGAUGGAAGCGGAACGUUACGAGCUUCUCCGAAUGGCAUUUUGCCAAUUGAUUGAGAAACAGCAGAACUCGUGAAUGUGAUCGAGUUUUGGGCGUACAUGGACGUUCGGACAACAUGGAUUAAAAGAUAUCACGCGAAAUACUCGGACCUCCUGUUAAUCGUUUCGAAAAUGUCACGAAGUUGGUGUUGUUGAAGAAUGUUUAUCUCUUGAGGAAAGGGUAAUCGUGGUAGUUGAACUAUCCGGCGCAGUAUGAAAUAAACUGUCACGAAACCCGUGUUUUGUCAAAUGCAACGGUACUGUCAUGGACACAGAUGUAGAGCUUGGCAAAGGUGAAGGGUGUGAAACGAGUCCAGGUUGCUCUGGCUAUUCUAGUAUGGUGCACAGUAAAAAGGUUAUCAAACAUGCACUACGACAGCAGGCCAAGAGACGCAGAAAAAACACUACCAUAGCAGCUGGUAAUUCUCGUACUCUUCCAAGGAUCGUCGUAAAACCGUUGCCACCGCCGCCACCGAAUGAUCCACCGUCUCCAGUGAACAAUGUGCAGCAUAUUAACACUACAACUGAAGAGCCUGCUGCCACAAUGAGAGAGGUCUUGGCUAGUUUGCCAGGAUUUAGUUUGAAGUCUGGGCGUCGACGAUCGACAAAGAGACUAUCGGCAACUGCACAGCUGGAGGCCGGUCUCGUGGAUCUCGAGUCUCCAGCGAGUAUUCUAGCCAGCACAAGUUUACGUGCACUUUUAAAUAGGCAUACCUUCCAGGGUUUGCCACCUUUGUAUCAAAGGAAACUUGCACAGCUUUUGCCUGCUGUAGAUAGACAGGAUGCUGCUACAUCCGGAUUAAACAAUGAAUUCUUUGCACGAGCUUGUCUAGAAUGGCGUAAACGCUUGGCAGAAGGAGAAUUUACUCCCGAAAAUCAACAACGAUUGAAGAUGGAAGCGGAGAGAGAUAAGAAUAAGUUAGAUCCAUGGAAAGUGAAACACUUCGAACCAAUAUGGGGUGAAAAACGUGAACCCAAACUUAGGUCGGGUCUCCACUGUAUUGCGGAAUCGAGAUCUGGUGGAGCUGUAACGCGUUCUAGUUUAAGGCUUCGUUUGGAAUCUAGUGUAGAUACGCCUGCAUCAGAUGCUCCUUGCCCUGUUAUUAUGUCUGAAGACAAAGUAGAGGAAGAUAAUUGUAAAGUGGAAACUACUAUAAAUAAUACAGAUGAGUUGACAGAGACACCGGGCAUACAAGAAUUAUUAACAGAAGAAUAUAACGAAACAACGCAUACAUUAUUAGACGAGAAACAUUUAGAAUCUGUAAACAUAAGUUCUGUAGAAACAAUAGCAGACACUGAGAUGCUUCAGGAUAAACCAGAGGAAGGAGAGAAAGUCCCUGUUCUCCCAGAAAAGCAAGAAAUUGUCGAGGAAGACGAAGUAGUUGUACAAGUUUGUCAGGAGAACAUUUCAAAUACAUACGAUGAAGACAUUCAUUUACCCGAAAGUAAAAAGGAGCUCGAACCAAUGGAAGAUCAUAUUCUUGAGGUUUCGGAAGACACAAUUCUCUUGCCAGAAGAAAGCGCAUCACCAAAAUCUAGCGAACAAAUAGAACAAGUACCUCACGCACCUAGCGAAGCAAUACCUCAACUAUCAACAGAAUGCACGCCUCAGACAGUAGAUCAAAUAUCUCAAAUAUCGCAGGAACAGGUGACCCAAAUGUCCGAAGAACAAAUUUAUCCAAUGUCUGAUUGCGAAACAACGACCAUGCUCGAAACAUCGCCGACGCAUGAACAAGUUAGAUCGACAGAGAUCGUUAUGGAAGAUUCUACAUUGAUUAACAACAAUCAGAGCGAAACGACUCAGGUUUCCCAUGAAAACCCAACAGAUGGUGAAUCACAAAUUCCAGAGGGAAUGGAGAUUGAUAGUGAAACAUUGCAACGUAUUCACGAAUUGGAGGUAAGAGGGGAAAUGCGCGAAGCGUAUGAAGAGAUUUCAGGAUGCCCCGAAGAAAUAAUGUACCCUAUUCUUGAUGGAAUGGAAAUGGGAACGAACAGUACAGAGGAAACAGAAACGCAAGUCGUCUCAGGUCAAGCAGAGACCGCUAGAGAUCAGCAAGAUGUGAAUGGCGGAAACGAAGAGGAAGCUCUUAGAGAGGCCAACAAUUACGUUUGUUCUGAAAUGUUAGAAUGUAGUUGGUCAGUAGACCCGACUGUUAAUAACAUUAAUAACACGACCAGGACGCAGGAGGAGCUACAAGUUCCAUGGCCAUUGGUUGCCGCAGCUUUGGAUGGAUCAGUGGCCGCAAACAUUACCGUGACCACUCAAGACGAAUGUAGCGACACGCCAACUACCACUGACGCAACAACAACACAAUCUCAACAGUUCAUCAAUGCCGAUUCCAAUGUGGAAUCGGUUAACUGCAUCCAGUUACCAGUGGUUCAAGGGACACCCUUUCAAUCCGAGAAUCUUGCGAUCGGCACACCCAGCACGAGUUGUAUAAUGAAGAACUUUCAGUCACAGAGUUCGCCGAUCAUAGCCUUCCCACAGCUGCAGUCCAUCAGAUUUGUACAAACUAGUUUCCAUUCUGAUCAAACCGCCGCUGCCGCUUUGAACAGCACGUCCCCAAUCGCCGGUCAACUUCAAACUCAACAGACCACCAACUCGCAAGUGAACAUAAUGAGAACGCAAGAAGAGGUGGUUCAAUUGAACACACAAAAUAAUACCGCAAGAAGUGUCAGAACCAACGUCACGCAAAAUCCAAUUCCGAAUGUCGUACCGGCGGCUGCAAUCGGCGUGCAACAGAAUCGGACGCAGAAUACCAUCGUUAUACAGCAACAAGCAUCGGCACCUGCACAACCUAGGCAGGUUGUAGCGACUAUACAACAGCAACAGUAUCCUGGAGCAACGGUGGCGGUGACCUCGAGGACGUCACGGUCAAAUAAUCAAGGCAGCCAAAGGGGUUCUAGGAAUAGUAAUAAAGAGCAGGGGGGAGGCAGAUCUCGUAGCACCACGAAAGAACCACCCGGUGCUGUCAAUUUGGAACGCAGCUACCAAAUAUGCCAAGCGGUCAUACAAAGUUCACCGAAUAGAGAUCAGCUGAAAGCUCAUCUAAAACCUCCACCGAGCUUGCUUGCUAGAGGCGACGGUGCAUUCACCACUAGUAAGUCCGGUGGUCGUACGAUCACGACCGUCAAGACUCAAAAACCGUCUCAAACAAUACAACACAAUAAACAAGCUCAAAAUAAAACGCAAGCUGUUAUGCUGAGACACGUUUUUGCCACCGCGCGACAAGCAACAUCAGCAGAGGUUCCAGAAAGCAAUACCGUAGCACAGUUAGGAUCCACGGCGACAGGUGGACUAGGGCAAUACAUACUUGUACAAAGGACAGGCGUCGGAGACAGUGCACCGAGGGCAUCUUCUGCGCCACCAUUGCCUCCACAAAUAGCUGGGAUGGGUGUUGGGGUGCAUUUGGUACGUGGUAGACCAGCCAGCGCUGGAGAAGGUUCCCAUCAAGCUGUGACCUUGAAAGCAAGGGGUGCCGAUGGCAGAGGAGGUGGUGGCGCUGAACCUGCGGCACCCGGUAUGAUAAUGGGUGGCGAUCCUCCUCCUCCCUGCGAGUGUAACAUGAGGGGUGCAAUGGUAAUAUGCCGGCAGUGUGGCGCCUUUUGUCACGAUGACUGCAUCGGGCCUCAACGUAUUUGCGCUACCUGUCUGAUACGUUAAUCAUUGUUUACCAAUCAUUGUUUAUGUAUAAAUUUAGAGCUGUACGACCAGAGUGCUGAGUAUCAAAUUACGGGAAUAGAGAUAGAGAUAAGAGACGUCGAUGUCUCUUCGGAUCUUUGUAUUAAUAAAGGGGAGGGAUUUGACGAAAAAAAGACAUAUUGCAUGAAGUUUCUACUGACAACCGAAUUUGUUGUCCAGCACUUUAGCGUGAACGGUGAUUCGAAUAGUGGAGGGAGUCCAGCGGAUACAGUUGGAAGUAAUGAUUUUUAAAUCCUGUGAUUGUUUUUCAGUAUUAAUCGUAUAUUUACAUUUUUAUUGUGCACCUUUAUUCUAUCCCUUUGUUCGUUUUAUAUCGAACGGAAUGUCUUUUUUAAGAUUUUUGACAGAGUGUAUUUUAAAUAAAUGAAUUUUUUUGAUCACUUUUAAUUACUAAUCAUGUUACGGAAUGCAAGGUAGCUGCACCUUCGAUUAUCUUCACUAACAAUCAAAAUAUUACAACUGUAUCCUCGUAAACCCCUCACUUUUAAUAAAGAUAAAAGUAAAACUCUUACAGUCAGAUUCUAAUACCGUCUUCCAGUAAGCAUCACAUUCUUUAUAAUACGUCUUUAAUAUUUAUUUAUUAACAGAAGUUAAGUUUAUCUUUAUUACAUAGAAGAUAUUCCUGUACACGCUGAUCUCAGUCUAAGGAAAUUUGAAGGACUAUUCUUACAUGCUCUCUGGUAUACGUUUCCUUCGAUUCUAGAUCAUCAACCAAGUUACUAUGGAGCAUCCUGUACAGGAAUGUUGGUUUUGGAAUAAAACAUUGAUUACCUAUCAUUAAUCUAUUGCCAACAAUGACAAAAUCUGACUAGAUACUAAAGCGUAGUGUUUACGUAAUUUAGCUUUACCUCUCACUUCGUUGUAAACAAUUCUCUAGAAUAGCAUCGGAUACGUUACUUGCUUCGCGUUAGCGUUUAAAGUCACAAGUGAAACAUAAAACACCUAACACAGAAAAAGUGCAACAGUCACGGUUCCACAAAUGACAUUUCAUUCUGUAUAUAUAUAAUUCGCAUUUCGAACAUUCAUUUCUCAAGCAUGAUUCCAGAUUGUCGUGAGUUGUUAUCGAUGCUCUCAUGCGGAUCGAAAUUCGUUGUAAUUAUUUUCUAAUACCAUACUCAUUGUAUUCCGAAUACUUGAUCACAAUCGUUGCAUCUGGCCAUAAUCGCACUACUGUAGUCUCUCGUUAUAUGCAUGCAUUAAUGUAUACUUUACCUCAUUCACUCGUUUUUUAUCGAAUAUAUUCACAAAGCACAUUGCAUGGUAUAUUUAAUAAUUUAUUUAUAUUGAAUUUUGAAAUUUCUGCCUAAUCUCAGCUAUAUUAUCAGUGAACAAAUUUUGCCACUGAUCAAGAAUUACAAGAUUUUUCUUUGCCAUGUGCUUGGAGUGAAGUGGGCAACUCGAAUGUUCAUAACGAGAGACUACUGUAACUUAAUCCACUGUUUUUUAUUACAUAAAAGAUACUACAUGUGUUGAAUACAUACAUUGAGAGAAAACGUAUUUAUACACAACUGUCUGCUGUUUUCAGCUGACAGUACAAAAGUCAAUAGUGUACGAAUACAUUUUCCGUUCAAUGCAGUAUUUAUGUGUAUCAAUGGACUUUCAUAUUGAUAUGUUUCCAUCGAAGUCAUUGAUGCUGAUAAGUAGUAUUAUUGAGAUUCGAUAGACAGAAAACAAACCUAUUGUGUAUUUGUCGCUCAAAUGUAAAUAAAAUCAUAUUCGUUUAAUGUGUAAAUUCGUUUAAUAUGCGCAAUGUACGUGACGAUUAAGGUGCGAGUUUGGCUAUCGUGAGCGUUGUAGAGAAAGUAACACUUAAAACAGGUUGAAAGCACCUGAUUAUUUAACACGAUGAAGGCAGGAGUUGUAUAUCAGUUCGCUGACACCUCGUUUUUACACAACGUUGACGUGUGCUGAAUUCGUACUUUAAAAAAACAAUAACAUAUUACCCGUCAGAAACAGCAAUAGCCACACGUGUAUGUACAAAGAUAUUCUAUAUUUAAAAGCUGCUGAAAUUAAAAAGUAGUAUUAAGUCAGAUGUGAGUAUUCCUUUACAAACCAUCAAAUUGUUUCAACCGCCUCAUAAAACUCAUAAGUAGACUGUGGAUGAUCCCAUAAUAUUUUGAAUAUUCACUUUUACGAGAUUAUUUCAUCUGUAUAGUAUUUUAGCAAAUUAAUGUACUGUUAAUGUGCAGAUAUCCGCGGCUACUUAUUAGUAAUAUAGUUUUAUAAGCUUUGUUAGAUUUGCUUUGCAAUACAUACUUUGAUGAUGAAGGUAAUAUUCAUUCUUGGUACAGUGGAUUGUAACAAAGUUAAGUAAUUAAACUUGUUUCGAAAAAAUAAAUAAAACAUUACCAAACUUCAAGGAAUUACUUCUUUUGUAAUCCACUGUAUACUUAUGAAUAUUCACAGGCUUUAAAUUGUAUCACCGUAUGUGGAAUAUUUUGUGCAUAUAGUCAAAUGAUCCUGCUUUCGAUCGACGAUUAUAUUUGAUGUUAUUUCUCCUGUACUUUUUUUGUAUAUUUUCCAUGAAACGUCUUAACAUCUCUCAUUAAUGCAACUACACAUUUUCUCAUACGCAUCAAAAUAGAAUCUACGGCUGUGAUAAUGUUUCUCACUGAAAUUUUUGCUACGCAAUACUGUACUUGUUUUCUCGACGUGAGUUUCAUUCUUUCAAUAAAUUUAUUGAAAAUUUGAUGACGUAUCAGUAUUACAUGUAAAUAUUGCUCUAUACAUGCGAGAGAUCGUGAGUGUUAUAUUAGUUAAUAAAUGGGCAAGCCUUGCAUUAAA